AUGGAGAGCGACACCACUAUCCGCAGAAUAAAACCCUUCGGCACAAACAGUCACCUGAACCCGGAGGACAGCGGACUCUCGGACAACGGCUUCAGCGGAGACCCAAAGAGCAAGCCCGAAGUCCGCUUGUUCCUGCUCCGGGAGGGACUGGCAGCCUCUCUGGUGUGCCUGUUUAUUCUGGUGCUAUGGGGACUGGUUCAUUUGUCGCUACAGCAGCUGGUUAUUGGGAAAUCCAGCGGGGAGUUCAAUGCAAUACGUGCCAGACAGCACCUGGAGCAGAUCACCAGUGUUGGUCCGCGGCCCACAGGGAGCCCAGAGAACGAGGUCCUGACGGUGGGGUACCUCCUGGAGCAGAUAGAGAAGAUCCGAGCCGAGACCUCGUCCGGUCCUCAGCAGCUGAGCGUGGACGUGCAGAGACCCACCGGGACCUUCUCCAUAGACUUCCUCGGAGGCUUCACCAGUUUCUACGACCGGGUCACCAACAUCGCUGUGCGGCUGGAGCCCAAGGGCGGCAGCCAGCUCCUGAUGCUGGCCAACUGUCACUUUGAUACGGUCGCCAAUAGUCCAGGUGCCAGUGACGAUGCGGUGAGUUGUGCAGUGAUGCUAGAAGUCCUGCAUUCUUUGGCCAACCUCUCGACCCCUCUGCACCACGGGGUUAUUUUUUUAUUUAACGGAGCAGAGGAAAAUAUUCUGCAGGCCAGUCACGGCUUCAUAACUCAGCAUCCAUGGGCGAAACAGGUCCGGGCUUUCAUCAACCUGGAGGCAGCUGGAGUCGGGGGCAAAGAAGUGGUGUUUCAGACAGGCCCUGAAAACCCGUGGCUGGUGCAGGCCUAUGUGCACGCAGCCAAACACCCCUUUGCCUCAGUCGUGGGUCAGGAGGUGUUUCAGAGCGGGAUUAUUCCUUCCGACACUGACUUUCGCAUCUAUCGGGACUUCGGGAACAUCCCAGGGAUCGACCUGGCUUUCAUCGAGAACGGCUUCAUCUAUCACACAAAGUACGACACGGCCGACCGCAUUCUGACUGACUCCAUCCAGAGGGCGGGUGACAACAUCUUGGCCGUUCUCAAGUACCUGGUUAUGUCGGAGAAGCUGGCCGACGCCCCAAAGUAUCGUCACGGCAACAUGGUGUUCUUUGAUCUGUUGGGAGUCGUGGUCGUGGCGUAUCCGGCGCGCGUCGGAACCAUCCUCAACUACAUGGUGGCGGCAGCUACGUUCGUUUACCUGGCCAAGAAGGCUUCCCGACCUGGCAACGCAGUCAAGCUUCUACAACAUGAAACUCAACCUAUACUCUCCCUCUGCUCCCUCUCCUCUCUCCUCGCUCUCCUCCCUCUCCUCUCUCCUCUCUCCUCCCUCUCCUCUCUGCUCCCUCUCCUCUCUGCUCCCUCUCCUCUCUCCUCCCUCUCCUCUCUGCUCCCUCUCCUCUCUCCUCCCUCUCCUCUCUGCUCCCUCUCCUCUCUCCUCCCUCUCCUCUCUGCUCCCUCUCCUCUCUCCUCGCUCUCCUCCCUCUGCUCCCUCUCUUCUCUCCUCGCUCUCCCCCUCUGCUCUCUCUCCUCCCUCUCCUCUCUCCUCCCUCUCCUCUCUGCUCCCUCUCCUCGCUCUCCUCCCUCUGCUCUCUCCUCCUCUCUCCUCCCUCUCCUCUGCUCCCUCUCCUCUCUCCCCUCUCCUCCCUCUCCUCCCUUCCUCCCUCCCUCCCUUCCCUCUCCUCCCUCUCUGCUCUCUCUCCCCCUCUCUCCUCCCUCUCCUCUGCUCCCUCUCCUCUCCUCUCUCCCCUCUCCUCCCUCUCCUAUCUCUCCUCCCUCCCCUCCCUCUCCUCCUCUCUCCCCCCUCUCCUCUCUCUCCUCCCUCUCCUCUCUCCUCUCCUCUCUCUCCUCUCUCUCCUCUCUCUCCUCCCUCUCCUCCCUCUCCUCCCUCUCCCCCCUCUCCCUCCUUUCCCCCUCUCCUCUCCUCACUCUCAUCACUCUCAAUUCUCCUCACUCUCCUCCUCUCUCCUCUCUCCUCUCUCCUCUCUCCUUCCUCUUCUCCUCUCUUCUCACUCUCAUCUCAUCUCUUCUCACACUCAACUCUCCUCACUCUCCUCCCCUCCCUCUCCUCCCUCUCCUCCCUCUCCUCUCCCUUCCCUCCCUCUCCCUCCUCUCUCCCCUCUCUCCCCCCUCUCUCCGGCUCCUAUCUCUCCUCCCUCCCCUCCCUCUCCUCCCUCUCCUCCCUCUCCCCCCUCUCCUCUCUCUCCUCCAUCUCCUCUCCCCUCUCUCUCCUCUCUCUCCUCUCUCUCCUCCCUCUCCUCCCUCUCCCCCCCUCUCCCUCCUUUCCCCCUCUCUCCCCUCUCUCCUCCCUCUCCUCUCCUCACUCUCAUCACUCUCAAUUCUCCUCACUCUCCUCUCCUCCCUCUCCUCCUCUCUCCUCUCUCCUUCCUCUUCUCCUCUCUUCUCACUCUCAUCUCAUCUCUUCUCACACUCAACUCUCCUCCCUCUCCUCUCCCUUCCCUCCCUCUCCCUCCUCUCUCCCCUCUCUCCCCCCUCUCUCCGUCUCCUCUCUCCCCUCCCUCUCCUCCCUCUCUCCUCCUCUCCUCCCUCUCCCGCAGGAGGCCGUUACGUCCGGGACCUGGCCUGUGCCACGGGGGUGGUGGUGCUGAGUUGGUUCGUGACUCUGCUGUCGGUGCUGAUCGUGGCGCUCCUGGUGACUCUGACGGGACGCUCCAUGUUCUGGUAUAACCACUUCUACGCCUGUGUGUGUCUCUACGGCUCCGCCACCACUGGGAAGAUGGUCCUGAUCCACACUCUGGCCAAGAACCUGUACUACGGGGGUGUGCGGCUGGUGGAGUUGGGAGACCUGUUCUUCGAUGUGAGCCUGCUGUUGUGGUGCUGUGGCCUGGUGUGGCUCACGCAGCAGGCCCUGUGCUCGGCCUACGUACCUAUGCUCAUGGUUUCCUUCCCUCUGGCCAUGAGACUGAUGCUGACCCAGGAGUUCAAACACAAAGGAGCGUCUGUGAAGUACUGUGUGCUGUACCUGCUGGGGCUCGCUCUGCCGUACGUCCACUUCAUGUUCCUGCUCUGGGUGGUGUUCGAGAUCUUCACACCGAUCAUGGGCCGCAGUGGCACGGAGCUUCCGCCCGAGGUGGUCCUGGCCACGCUGGUUACCCUGGCAACCAUCUUCUUAUCCUCCUACUUUCUUCACUUCAUCUACCUGGCUCGCAGCACUAAGUGGAUCCUGACCGGUCUGGGCUCGGUCUUCCUCUGUAUGUUCCUGUUAGUGUUGGCUGGCCUGUUUUUCCCGUACUCCGGUCGCCCCGAGAGCCCGAGACCCAAAAGAGUUUUCAUACAGCACACGACACGGACUUUCCACAAUCUCCAAGGACAAGUGGAAAGUCAGGACUCGGGUCUUUGGAUCAACAGUUUUGACUUCACCGCAGUUCAGCACUUGACUCCGCACAUUCCCGAGCUCAACGACACGGUUCGAACGCACUGUCGAGAAGACCGGCCGUUCUGUGGCUACCCCUGGUUUCUCCCCGUCAAGUUCCUCAGCAAGAAAAACUGGUACCUCCCUGCUCCAGAAGUGAGGCCCAGCGCUCCCAUAGAGUUCAGCCUGCUGUCCCAAGAGGAGACCAGCUGGGGCACCAUCAAGAUGACGUUCAGUGCCAAAGGUCCCAGUCACAUGUCUCUGUACCUGAUGCCCCACCGCGGAGCCAGUCUGUCCACAUGGUCUUUCGGAGACGGGACCCCGCAGUACGACCUCAGCGGAGAGUACUUCGUCUUCUACUCUCAUGGUGUUGAUGCUCCCGCCUGGAUUUUCUGGUUUGAAAUACAGCCUCCAAGAGACCCAGACCCUUCAGGACCAGAAGGGAUCAUCUCCGUGGCCAUUUCCUCGCACUAUUUUUUCGGAAAGGACCAGAGAACUGCUCCGCUGCUGGAAAUCCUGCACAGGUUUCCGGACUGGGCCUUCCCGUCCUCCUGGGUCAGUACAUACCACAUGUACAGAUACUGA